AUGGUCCUCUUAUACUUCGCGGCUGUGGCUUUACCCGCGGCUGUACUGUACCUUGUGUUUCGAUUUUCUGGAUUAUGGCUCUUUGAGGCAGUAACGACGGUUAUUCUGAGGGUCCUAAAUCCCGGUGUUCUGAGCAGCGGCAAGCAAGUAUCAGGCCCCAGAUGGCAGUAUCCCAACGGCACAGUCAUUGAAAGAUUCCUCAAUGGACGAGAAAACUCAGAAAAGUGGCAAAAGUACGGCCCUGUGUAUCGUGUAUGGUCUGGGCCGCACCCCGAGAUUGUCAUCACCACGCCAAAAGACCUCAAACACUUCAGUUCAGACGCCAAUGACCAUCCAAAGACGCCCAACGUCAACCUCGGCUGGUUCGUAGGAGAGCUGCUUGGCCAGGCUAUGGGCCUUGUGUACGGCCAGGAUUGGCGACGUCUUCGCAAGAUUUUCGACCCGGCAUUUACGCACAGCGCGGCGGUCACCCGCAUCGACAUUGUCGACCGCGCAGCUAGAAAGUACGUCGCGGAAUUGCCGCUGCUGGCUGAUAGUGGCAACACAGAAAAGCAAAUGUCUUUCGGCCUGCCCGUGGUCAAAGCAUUUACCAAGUUCCCGUACUUCCUCACGGCUAGCGCCAUAUAUGGACCCAUGACAACGGAAGAAGAGAACGAUCUGUGGUCCGUGACGGAAAAGAGAGUCGCUCUCAACAAGUACUGGAUUGGUGGUGGUCCUUAUCGCUUGAAAGCAACCGCCAAGUUCUUUGAUCCCGCUGCCGUCAACAGACUCCACGAGUUCAACAAGGAUUGGCGCGCUUACAACGAACGUAUGGUGAAUGUGCGCCGUGAGCGAGGAGAAACGGCGCCCAUCAUCACCUACUGGGAGGAAACUGAAAACGGAAACAUGUCCAUGACGGAGCUGCUACAGACGCUUGAUGAGCUCCUUAUGCUUAAUCUCGAUGUCAUUACACACGUCAUAACGUGGUUCAUCACGCUCAUCGCCAGCCACGAGCAAGUCAAGCAGGAAUUACGCGCCGAGAUUACCGCAAACAAAGAUUGUCUCACUGAAUACCUGGCAAAAACAGACUCUCAUUUGCAUCGAUGCUUUAUUGAGUCUAUGCGUGUUCAGCCCUUUGCAGUCUUUACCAUUGGAGAGUCGUCGGCCGCAGUCAAGAACUUCCACGGUGUCCUGGUUAAGCCAAACACACAAAUACUCGUCGAUGUCCUCGCUAUCAAUGUUCGCAAUCCUUUCUGGGGCAAGGAUAGCGAAUCCUUCAAUCCGUCGAGACUUAUCGGGAUCAAACCAUCAGAUCUACGAUACAAUCUUCACUCGUUCGGCAUUGGUAGCCGUAAAUGCAUGGGCCAGUACGUUGCUGGCCACAUUGUGAAGUCACUGGCGCUUCACCUGUUCGAUCAGUACGAGGUGCAGGUCAUGGACGCAGGCAAAAAGGAUCCAGCUCAGAACGUCGACAAGUCCAACUGGACUCCAAAGGCUGAUUCCCCAUUGCGUCUGACUAAGAGAGACGGAUCAGUGGUUUGA